AUGUCAUCAUCCACAACCCCUCUCCAGAAGAAAAUCAGCCUCUCUGGCAAAGUGAUAGCGAUUACCGGCGCAAACCGUGGCAUAGGGCUGGGCGUGGCAGAUUGUUGUCUUGAAAAUGAUGCCGCAAUGGUGUAUUCGAUCGACAUUGGAGACCCAGGCGAAGAAUUCGAAUCCGUGGCAAAGCAACAUCCUGGGAAGCUCCGGGCGAUAAAAGCCGAUGUCACCAAUGAGGCCAACGUCACCGAAGUGGUGGAGCAAAUUUUGAAAGAGGCUGGUGGACUCCAUGGCUUCGUGGUCAAUGCUGGUCGGACGAAGCAUAAAGCUGCGCUGGAUUUCACGACCGAAGAGAUCGAGCAGUUAUGGAAUAUCAAUCUAUUCGGGUCCUUCUAUUGUGCUCGCGUUGCAGCCAGGGCCUUCAUUAAACAAAAUGUGAAAGGCUCGAUUGUGUUCACGGCGUCCAUGGCUUCGUACCGGCCCAACAAGAGGGUGCCUUCUGCGCCGUACGGCGCAUCGAAGGCAGGUGUGCGGAACAUGACGCACACUUUGGCGAUGGAGUGGGCUGAGCACGGCAUCCGUGUCAAUAGCGUGAGCCCGGGUUUGGUUAAGACGGCGAUGACAUAUUGGGUGCCACAACAACCCGACUGGGAGCAGCAACUCAAGUACUAUGGAGGCAUUCCCAGAUUGGCAGAGGUGGAGGAGCUCGGCGGCGCAUAUGUGUAUCUGCUGAGCGACGCGGCAAGCUACACAACCUCAAUCGACAUUCCAGUCAAUGGUGUGAUCGGAAGUGCGUUCUAUAUCUCCUGA